AUGCGAGAAGGAGAAACACUAAAGGCCUAUUCAGACAGGUACUGGGAAAUGUAUAAUGAGAUGGAGGGAAAUUAUGAUGACGUCGCCAUUAGUACAUUCAAGAGGGGCCUGUCGACAGAGCAUGGCUUAAGGAAGUCCCUGACUGGGAAGCCGGUCACUAGUGUGCGCCAACUCAUGGACAAAAUCGACAAGUACAAAAGGGUCGAGGAAGACCAGCAGACGGGAAAGGGCAAAGCGAAGGUUGUCCCUCAGGAAAGGAGGGACUUCAGGUCGGACCGUAUUAUCAAUAGUAACAGGCCGAGAAGAGAUUACUCGGAACAGUCUGGAUCCAUUGGGGCGCAGGCAGUCCAUGCUGUGUUCCAAGAACCAUUACACAAGAUCCUAGAGAAGGUAAAGCACGAACUGUUCUUUCAAUGGCCAGGCAGGAUGGCAAGUGACCCCUCGAAACGUAACCAGAAUCUGUAUUGCGCGUACCACUGA